GUUUGUGACCCAAAACAGACACAGCAAGUAUGGACACGUCUAGCGUGUUCUAUAUAAAAAGAAUCGGCAGCGUCGGUCGAUCAUUGGAAUUACCACCAACCUGACAGCACGAACACAGUACCAAUACAGCUAGUAUCAACAUGGCCAAAGAAAAGUGUAAAUUUUGGAACAAGUGCUUCAGGAAGGACCCUGCCCACAAGAAAAACUUUCUCCAUCCUGGUGAUGAAGUAGAAGAGGAUGAUGAUGAACCUAUGGAUGUAGCAGAUAAACCUGUCCCUCUGAGGCGGCGAAAGACACAUGAACUAAGUCAGAGUGAUGCUGAGGACGAUACAGAGGUGCCAGCUAAAACAACUCUGAAAAAAACUAACUCAAAAAAGGCCAAAAUCUCUGAAGAUAACGAGCAGCCGGGCCCAUCAGGGGCAGGUAACUCUAGUGAUGAGGACACUAGCAAACCAAAGUGUGAAUAUUGGGUGAAAUGUUACAGAAAAGAUCCAAAACAUUUAAAAGACUACCGCCAUCCAAAGCAAAGACUGAGCAGCCGGCCAAAACCAACGAGGAAGUUAGAGGACGGGGAUAUCGUCAGCGUGGAGGGAGGUUUUAAACUUAAAAGACUUGGCAGUGACUUCACAUGCACGUGUAUUGGGUGGAACACACAGAAGAAUGCUACAAACAAACGGACAUGUAAACACCUGAGGGAACACUUAGGGGAUAUUUAUGAAAAAGCCAGAAUUGGUCAACUUCCUGUGGCAAAGAGGAAGGCACCAGAACCAACACAGCGUUUCAGCCAUCUCAACGUCAGUUUGUUACUGGCUCACAAAUAUGACGAAAAAUCUCCCAAUCCAGUAGGUUGGUGGGUGAGCGAAAAGUUAGACGGUGUACGAGCUUUCUGGAAUGGAAAAUGUUUUUAUUCAAGACUGGGAAACCCAUUCUAUGCACCAAAAUGGUUCACAAAAGAUCUGCCAAAAGACAUGCAUCUUGAUGGUGAAUUGUUUGGUGGAAGGAAGAAGUUCCAGUCGACCGUCAGCAUCGUAAAAACACCCGAGUGUGACAAUUGGAAAAAGAUUAAAUACUCUGUGUUUGAUGCCCCGUAUAUGGAGAAGGAAACGUUUGAAAAGCGACAGGAAGCCCUGAGAGAGUAUUUUGAUGAAAACACACCUCAGUACGCUGAGCUUGUGAAACAGACUAAAUGUACCAGUAAACAGCAAUUGGAGGACGACCUGAAAAAAAUCAUCGCUCUUGGGGGAGAGGGACUUAUGAUCAGAGAACCAAAGUCUAAAUAUGAACGAAAGAGGUCAAAAACACUUCUAAAGUUGAAGAAGUUUUAUGAUGCCGAGGCAGUUGUGGUUGGUUACGACCCUGGAAAAGGUCGUUUCACAGGAGCAGUGGGAGCAUUACGAUGCAAGAUGGAGUGUGGCAAGCUUUUCUCUGUGGGGUCCGGAUUGACCGACAAGGACCACAGAAGGCCACCCAAGAUUGGUUCUAUAAUAACGUACAAGUUUCAGGAAUACACAAACUCAGGCAGCCCACGCUUCCCCACGUUUCUUGGUGUGAGGAUAGACGCCACAAAGCCCAAGGAUGCAGAUGUUCCAGUGACACCAGCUGACAAAUGAUGUUUUGUUCAUAUGAUAAACAAAUUAUAAGAACAAAUGACCAUUUUUAUCCGCCAAUAAGCCCAUGCCUGGUGAAAAGCCCACUCAUGACAUGACAGUUUAACAAAGAUACCAGCAGAUACUGUUUUCGUCAUUGCAUUCCAAUAAGCCUGACCACUACUUUUAGCUGGAGUUAAUGUGUUAAUUGGCCCCCGUGGGCUUAUUGCAAGAUGAAUAUUAGAACAUGUAAUACUAUACCUCUACUUCUAUAUCAGACAAUCAAACGUCUGUAUAAAACCAACCGGCAGCUUGUUUAUAAGAUCACUAGUGGAAUCGUAAUGUCACCAAGUGCUAUAUUACAUCACAUUAUAUUUGACAAUUUUCAUUUUCUAUUGUAUACAUGUCACUGCAAUGUUUAAAAUCAUCAAUCAUGACAAUGGUUCAUUUUUGUAAUGUCUAAGGGUACAUUGUAUACUUAAGUUAUUUUUUUAUUCUUGAAGUCUUUUUAGAAGCUUAUACAUACACCCAUAGAAUGUAGUUAAUAGUGAUUUUGUUUAUAUUUUAAAAACAUUUUAUUACAAUUGAAAUGUACAUAUUUAAGAAAUUUGUCCUUGAAUGAUAAAGUGACUUAUUUUAAUUAUUUAUUCACUCUUUUUUAACUUUAACACAAAAUACUUGUCUUCAAGAAGAUGUGUUGACUCUAGCUCUGUUUUUGGAAAUUGAGCUACAUUUAAUUUAAUGAAAAAAAAUGUCAAUGAAAAUUCUUUUGCUAUACAAAUUACAAAUUAAACAUGUAAAACACUGUUUUUGACACAUGCGUUAAUUAGGUAAUGCAGGUGUCUAGUUUUUGUUAAGCUUGAGCAGUUGUGCAAAUUCAAAUGUUGAUCAGUUUUAUAUGGUAUAUAAUAAAUUAUGUAGAUCAUCCUGUGCAAUGCAUAUAUACAUUAAAUAUUAAUAUUAUAGCAUCCGAAUAUUAUACACAUAUAUAUGUAUACAUCUGU